UUCCAACUCCCCCCCCUCUGCCGCUUCACACAUCCCCUGCUCAAACAGCCACAGCCUGACAGCCCUGGGUGCUGCCUGUGCACCUCAUUCCUGAAGAGAGCAGCUCUGCUGCACCAGCUGCUCACCGGCAUCUGCCUCAUUUCCUAUUUAAAUAGCCCAGCACACACACACAACUUUUCUUCUCCCCCGAUGGGAAGGAGUGCUAAUUGCUCAGCCGUGCCAUGCACACACAGCCACCAUGUUGCUAUGAUCUCAAAGAUGGGUAACGUCAGCAUCCCGGGGACCCUCCUCCAGCUGGGAUCGGCGAGCCAAGGCUGAGCUACACGGAGCAGCGGUGCCGGAGGAGCAGCAGAGCUGCACACCAGGUAAGGGACCCCGCAGCCCUCUGUCCCGUGCUGUUCCUGCUCACUGUAUGGCUGAGUGAGAAACUGCAAGCAGAGCAAAGCAAUUCUCGUAGCACAGCCUGGGGACCAGUUGCCAAAUCUUUGAUCUGCACAGGGGGUCGGGGUUUUUUUUUGUUCCCUUCCUUGCAGAGGAAUUUUUGGGAGCAUGGAUGAGGUGGGAGCAGCCGGAAAGCUGUAAGCAGAAGGGGAGAUUCUUUCCUUGACUUUCAAGUGGAUCUGCUUUCAUGGUGCUCUCCCCUUUUUUUUUUGGCUGGCUAAUCCUCAACUUGGGAUUUGUGGGUUUGUCUGUCUGUGCCAACUUUUGCAUGCUGCCACAAGUGGAUGCUCUUCGUAGUGAGUAAGAUCAUAACCUACCUCGCUUAAGAAAUAAAGUUACUUUAAAUGUGGGUUAAGCCCCUUUAACUUAGUUUCGGAAAUACUCCUUUAACUUUAUUUCUUUCUUCUGCUAGGGCACCCUGGGAGAGGAGAAUAGCUGUGUCAUAAAUGUUACUGUACGUGCAAUCUCUGCUGCUGAAAUGAGCUUGAAGCCCUGAAUCUGAAGAAAGGCACUAAUUAAAUACAGCAGUGCUCCUGCUCUGAUAUGGAAAAGCAAGCACUGUGCAAGUGAGACAGCCGUCCCUCACAUCCUCCAGGGGAGGAGGAAAGCUGCCCAGACACAAAGCUUCCUCUGCCCUUCUUGUUGCUGCCAGCCUCGAGGACUCUCACUGCAAACAGCUGAACUGCACCCCUCCAGCAGAGGAAAGCAGCGGCUCACCAAGAUGCUCUGAGAGCUGUUCCACUUGCACAGGGGGGUACAAUUCUCAUCUGCUUUGUUCAUGAAGCCUUGGACGCCAGAGGGCAGCCUGUGACCAGCAGGCAUGGGGAACAGCUCUCUGUGGGACAGUUUGAACGGCACCUGCAGCAAUGCAGCCAACAGCUCCUACCUGGACAGCGAUAUGAUGUUCAACUUCACCUUCCAAGAGCAAUCAGCUGAUUUCUAUGUCGUCCUCCCUGUGAUUUACUCUGUCAUCUGUGCUGUUGGGCUCACAGGCAACACUGCUGUCAUCUACGUGAUCCUCAAGGCUCCCAAGAUGAAGACUGUGACAAACAUGUUCAUCCUGAACCUUGCUAUAGCCGAUGACUUGUUCACACUUGUCUUGCCCAUUAAUAUCGCUGAACACCUCCUCCACUAUUGGCCCUUUGGAGAAGUGCUCUGCAAGCUCAUCUUGUCCAUAGACCACUACAACAUCUUCUCCAGCAUUUAUUUCUUAACAGUGAUGAGCAUAGACAGGUACCUGGUAGUACUGGCUACAGUCAGGUCCAAGAGGAUGCCACACCGUACGUACCGAGCAGCCAGGAUCGUCAGCUUGUGCAUCUGGAUCCUGGUCACCAUCAUAGUCCUCCCUUUCAUCAUCUUUGCCAACGUAUACAUAGAUGACCUGAAGAUCAAGAGUUGUGGUUUAAAUUUCCCCAAGCCUGAAAGGUUUUGGUUCAAGGCCAGCAGGAUCUAUACCCUCAUCCUUGGCUUUGCUAUUCCAGUGUCCACUAUCUGCAUCCUCUACACCAUGAUGCUCUACAAGCUGAGGAAUAUGCACUUGAACUCUAAUGCCAGAGCUCUGGACAAAGCCAAAAAGAAAGUCACCAUCAUGGUCUUCAUCGUCCUGGCCGUGUGUCUCUUCUGCUGGACCCCCUUCCACCUGGCCACCAUCGUGGCUCUGACCACUGACUUGCCCCAAACCUCCAUGGUCAUUGGUAUCUCCUACUUCAUCACCAGUCUAAGCUAUGCCAAUUCAUGCUUGAAUCCUUUCUUGUAUGCUUUCCUGGAUGACAGCUUUCGAAAAAGCUUCCGGAAGAUGCUGGAAUGCAGAACUUCUUGAACAGUGGAUGGGAGGCUUGCAGCUCCCUUCCCUCCCAUAGCUUUGCAAGGGAAACUUUGCAGACUUCAGAGGGCGGCUAACGAAUGCACAAGUCUUCUCUUUAGUUUCUAUGUAAUGUAUGUUUACCAUCAUCAUUCACAAUUCGUCCAGCAUUUUUCAUCUCUGCAGCCCCAAACUUCUCAAAGCUGUGUUUCUACGUUCUCAUUUUUAAUCACACCCCAAAGCAGUAAGGACAGAAAACUUCUUUUGCAAAGGUUUGCUUCUGCUACACAGCGGUCCUUUAUUGCCAUCUGCUGUACAGCACAGUGAAGCUGUAGACCAACUUUCAGGCUGAGGGCUAACAUUCACUUUGUGACAUAUUAACAACAGAGAGGGUGCAAGAUGAGUGCUAGGAAAGAGAAAAUAACCAUUUUCAUGUGUGCACACGUGUUACAGCUUUGCUUUUGUUUGAGGGAUGUCAGCUCCACUCUGACCCCAGUUUCCUUCUUUUUUGAACUGCUAACAGCUGUUACGUUUAAACCAAAAGAAAAACCCGUGUCUUAAAAGUGCUGUUCAAUAACACACCUUAAAAAUAUUGUGGUUACAGUGGGAAUUUGUGUUAGAAAUUAUUUUUAACUAAUGAUUCCUGUUCAACGUCAGAUAUCUAUUUAUUUAGAGUGAUUGACUAAAUAAAC